UCUCUCUCGCAAUUCUCACCUCCCCACACGACCAUCGCUUCCUGACCUACCCUCGCCCUUAUAAUCUCGUCGACCACUCCAGGAUAACCGUGGCGAAUCUCAUCCCGUCGUCCUCUCCUUCUCUUUUCAAGGAAACUACUUGAUCGUCUUUUCCCCGUAAUCCCCCUUCAUCAACCUCACCCUCCUAUCCACGAACUAGUAUCCAUCAAGAAAAUCUUAUCACACGCACAGUCCCCCCAUCCACCCACCCCUUAUCGAAUCUUCACUUGCCAUCACCACCAACACAUCUGUCAAGAUGGCCGACACUGCUUUCGCAGCCAUGCACCGAAAGGCGCCUACCAAUCCCGUCCCCAUCCCUCAGGAGGAGAAGAGUGAGACCAAGCUCGGCGUAAAGCCUCUUGAGCCUACGGACAUCCCUUCGGAUCUCGACGUCCCCGACAACUAUGUUACCAGGACGAUCGAGACCCAGAAGCGUCUGCCUCCUGUUACGAUGGCCAACUGGCACAAGAAUAUCCAAUGGGUGUCCUUCUUGGCCUUGACCGUCACCCCCGCCUUGACCAUUUACGGUCUGUUCAACGUCAAAUGGAACACGUACACCGCCAUCUGGUCGGUCGUGUACUACUUUGUCACCGGUCUCGGAAUCACCGCCGGAUACCACCGACUGUGGGCUCACCGAUCUUACACCGCUUCGCGUCCUCUCGAAUACAUCCUCGCCUGUGCGGGAGCCGGAGCCGUCCAGGGUUCCAUCAAAUGGUGGUCCCGAGGUCACCGAGCACACCACCGUUACACCGACACCAGCCUCGACCCUUACUCGGCCCACGAAGGGUUCUGGUGGGCACACGUCGGUUGGAUGAUCUUCAAGCCUAGGACCAAGAUUGGUGUCGCCGACAUUUCCGACUUGACCCGAAGCAAGGUCGUCAGGUGGCAGCACAACAACUACUUGUCGCUUCUGUUGGUCAUGGGAUUGUUCUUCCCCAUGGGUGUUGCCGGUCUCGGUUGGGGCGACUGGAAGGGAGGUUUCUUCUUUGCCGGUGCUGCCAGGUUGUUGUUUGUUCACCACUCCACCUUCUGUGUCAACUCGUUGGCUCAUUGGCUCGGAGAGCACACUUUCGACGACAAGCACACCCCUCGUGACCAUUUCAUCACCGCUUUGGUUACUAUCGGCGAGGGAUACCACAACUUCCACCACCAAUUCCCCAUGGACUACCGUAACGCCAUCAAGUGGAACCAGUACGACCCCACCAAGUGGUUUAUUGCCACCGCGCAGUUGCUCGGUCUUGCUUCGCACUUGAAAAAGUUCCCAGACAACGAGAUCAAGAAGGGAAUCUACACCAUGCAGUUGCAGAAGCUUGCGCAGGCCGGUGAGGUCAUCGAAUGGCCCACCGACUCGAACCACUUGCCGGUCGUCAGCUGGGACGACUUUGUCGACGAGUCCAAGAACAGAGCUUUGAUCGCCGUCCACGGGUUCAUCCACGACGUCUCGUCGUUCAUGGACGACCACCCCGGUGGUCAGCACGCUCUCAAGAAGUUUAUCGGCAAGGACGCCACGACCGCUUUCUACGGAGGUGUCUACGACCACAGUCACGCUGCGCAAAACUUGUUGGCCAUGAUGCGAGUCGGAUGCCUCGAGGGUGGUAUGGAGGUCGAGCACUUGAAGCAAAAGGUCAGGGAGCGAUCGCUCUCGGGCUCGUCUGCCAACUCGGCCUUUUCUUCCAACGAGGACGUCGCAUCGCUUGCCUCGUACUCUUCUGGCCGACUAUCUGACGGAGAGUUGAGCGACGUCGACUUCCUGCAAGACCUGCCGAAGAAGGAAAAGCCCAAGCACCAGCCUGGGUGUUACGUACCCGACAAGUUUACACUGGCCAUCCCUCCUAGCGAAGAGUUCAAGAUCAUCAGGAGUGCACCCCGACUACGAAAGACGGGAGGUGGCCACGGGUCGAUGGCUUCGAUGACGAGCUUGGAGGAUGUCUCGCGGGCAGACAAGAUCGGCGACGUAGCACCCCUGGUCGCUGCGGCGGCCUAGGCGCUUGUUCGAGGACUUGUCUUUUGUGUUCUUUUACGGUAGAUGCGACGACGGCUCGGAGCAGGAGGGAGGAAUAGACACCCCUCGUGUCUUCUCGAGAUCCGCCAGCGAAUAUGGCUCUUUUUCUCUUCUUUAUAACGACGAUCAAGCACGACGGCUACAACAAACAGCCACCCACACAAACUAAAACCAACCAUCGCCCGGUCCCCAAAUACAAGACCGACGAUACCAUACGUUCACUAUCGGACCCACUCUCCCUGCUCUCGCGAAUUGCUGCAACGUAGACGUAGACUGAAAUGAAAUACCAAUGUCUAUCGCACGUCUGACUGAAAUGUUACCGUUCGGAAAUCUACGGACCAUGUUCACGAGUGCAAGUGACGAUCCCGUGUGCAACUAUUGCAAGGCGCAGGGGGGCGGCUGAGCGUUCCAGCGGUACUGACGAUGAUCGCGAUGUCUUGCCUUCCCCACGU